AUGCUGGACCAAGCUGGCAGGAGUUUGGCGUUAUCAUUGCCACUUCUUCUAAUCUCAUUGUCAUUCAUGUCGACACUCGAACUCCCAAGACUAUCAAGAAGGGAUCUUCCGCAGGUUUUGUUCAGUGUGAAGGAGAACACGGAGCCGGGUCAUGUUGUGGGAAGUAUCUACGACAAAAUAAGUCUGCCACUUGAUCGAAGGCUUCAGUUUUUCCUACCAAAAAACCCCUUUUUUACCUUCGACGCAGAUGGUUCCUUGGUAGUCACGGGACACCUUGAUCGAGACGACAAUCCGAGCCUAUGCAAGGAGCCGGUGUACCCGGAGAUCUGUGAGUGGAGCAAUUUCCUUAUUGAUAAUACUGGGAGCUAUAUUUCCCUGCGUGUAAAUAUUGAAGAUAUAAACGACAAUGCCCCUCGUUGGCCCACUCCCUCUGUAACAAUUACGAUUCCCGAAAACAGCGCACCCAAUUUCACCACGGAAUUGUCACCUGCCCACGAUCCUGAUUACGGGGAGAAUGGGAUUAAGGAGUACAAGUUGAUCACGCCUUCUGCGUUCGAAGAUACCUUCCAGCUAAGAAUUAGUCCGUAUCAGUCAGCAAAUCUUAAGCGGUAUCAGACACGUGACCAGCAACGACGCCAAAAGUCAGCUGUUCCAAUAGGCAGUCCCAAUCUAGUGCUGAUGAAGCCGCUGGACAGAGAGGAACUUCCGUGGAUUAAUCUGACCCUAUUAGCCAUUGAUGGAAGCCCUCCAUUUCACACGGGCAGCCUCGAUAUCUAUGUGCGUGUUGGCGAUGAAAAUGACAACUCGCCCUACUUCACAUUCCAGCGUUACGUAGCUCAAGUACCGGAGAUUGCACCUGUUGGAAGUAUCAUCCAACUACAUCCAAUUUCGAGUAAUCGACAGGCGGAUGAUAAUGGCGGCACAGUCUCGUUGGUGGAUCAUGUCCACGCGGUGGACAGAGACGAGGGAGCCAAUGGAAGGAUAUACUACUCCUUCGCCAGAUCCACUCCGCUAGAGACUCAAAAGUCUUUCGCAAUUGACAGUCAAACGGGUCAGCUGAGAGUAGCGUCACCACUGAGUUAUGACGAUGGUCCGACAUCGUGGAAUUUCCAGGUGGUUGCUACUGACAACGGCAGACCCCCACGCUCCUCCCUCACAGAUGUCUCUAUUCAACUGAAAGACACUAACAACCACGCUCCAAGCAUAACCAUCCAGUCAUCCGCGUCCCACCAGGCGCCACACAGCCAGACCGACAGCUCGGAGGAGUCGACAACACUUCAGGUGAUGGAGAAUGUGAAGUUGGAGCGGAAACUACUAGCCACAUUGACAGUAACUGACCGGGACACUGCUGCUGGCGGUGGUGAAUUCGGGUGUUCGCUGCGUUCAGAGGACAGUGAGCACUUCUUGUUGGUGUUAAAGGGCCAACUGCCCCAGGUCAUGAUCUACGACCUCUUCGUUAGCGGCGUCUUUGACCGCGAAAAGGGUCCAGUGAGACACGUGGAGGUGCACUGCGAAGACAAAGGCACCCCAAGGCUCUCCUCAAGUCAUCUAAUUCGGAUUCUCAUCGACGACGAGAAUGACAAUAGUCCAAGCUUCGAGUUUCCGUUCUACCGACUUACGACGAAAGAAGGUCAGCCAAAGGGAAGCAUCGUUGGUCAAGUGAGGGCUACAGAUCCUGACGCAGGGGAGAAUUCCCGUCUCGUGUACGACAUUCAGUGGCCGAAAGGAACUCGUGGGAUGGACAAAGUCCUUAACAUCGACAGGGACGGCAAUCUCACCGCGAAGGUCACGCUGGAUCGCGAAGCUGCUCCGUAUGGAUAUAAUCUAACAGUAAGCUCGGAUCUUGUGGCGUUGUUGCUUGUGUUUUAG